UACCUGCCGUACAGAUAUGAAAACCCAUUCUUGACCGCGACCUCUCGAGCGCUCAUCGCCGACAUCUCCGCCUUGACUCGGCGGUUGUCAAAUUUGGACGUUCCCAGACCUUUGGCGGUGCUGUACCACCUCCUUGGCAUAUCCAGUGAGAGCAGCCCGGAUGCCAUCAUCCCAGAACACGUGCUCUUUCGAGCGGUCAGAGCGUGGACGGAGGUCGAGGAGGUCUCGGAGGCUGAGAGUUUUGACGGACACAAGCGCUGCAUGGUAGAGCACACUCUACACGUUCUCCUGUUACCCGGAAUGCACACAGAGCGUUAUGCAGACCCCCCGACAGAGCAAAGGCGACGUCUCCGUUCCGAUUCCACACUUUCCAUUGGCUCCGCCUCCGUGCCAAGCUCGAUUACCAGCCAUGCACCCGCCGCGCAUCCCUCCGACCCCGCACUGCUGUCGUUACCCCUUCCUUCGCCCUUGCACCUCACUCUUCCGAUCACCUCGCAUCUCUCCUUCAACGAGGCAGGCCGGAUCACGCGCCACCGCGACACGAUCGACUUGCGCGACGCGCUCACCCUCCUGCCCGGUAUGGGCAUCGCGCAGUACAUCGGCUCGCGACUGGCUGCGCACGGGCUGAGCUGGGCAGUCAAAGCCGGCAGGUGGGCGUUCAGCCCGAGCGGUUCGAACGCGUCAGCCCGAGCGGUGGUGCGCGACCGCGAUAGCGAUCGGGACCGGGCUAGGAAGGACUCGGCACUGGAGCGCGGUAAAGCUUCCGCGGAGCCGUAUGCCGGCGGGGGCGCUGGACUGACCCCGGCCGAGGCGUACGCUCGCGGUGCCAUGCGCUGGCUCACGACGAGCAUGGGGUCUUCCUACUCCAGUGCGUCCGGGCGAUAG